UGCAGAAGUAGAAAUGCUAUGUUAUGUCUGAAAUGGCAGGCAAAAUUAAAGUUGCCGAUUACUGUAGCAAUAAAACAUACUCUGUUUGCGAGAGUGAUAGCAGCAGAGUGGAGGAAGAUGGAGAAAGCGACGGUCCAGCUGUGUUUAUGUGCGGCAAAUGCAAGAUACCCGUCGGCGACAGUUUGUCCUGGGCAGGCAGUGACGACCAGCAGAACCAAAUCAUGCUCAAACGGAUAUCUGACAAUGCUGUCAUAGGUAAAGAGCCCUUUGUUUCUGGUACUCGAAAGGAGCUUGGAUGUUAUGUAGUCAGAAUUUCCAGGCCAGCGGGUGCUAGAAUUAGACAGAGAAGACAGACCAGUGACCCUGGAGUACCAGGAUAUUGUGGAACAGCAGUUGACAGAGUUCCUGUCUAAUGUGCCUAGCAACACUUUCCACCAGGAGGCGGGAAAGACUAGUACAGACCCUGAAGGCACGCACCCCCAACCCUCAAAGCUGGGGUAGCAUAACAACAGCGGCUGAUAGAAUCCGUGCACCUCGGACCAACCAGAGAGCUGUAUCUAAGGGCCAUGCUGCCAUGGAAACAAAGCACACAUGCUGUCGCUAGAGCCUGUUGCCAUCGCAUCCGUCGUUUCCUUAUUUGCCGGCCAGCGAGUCAGCCAACCAGCUUGCGAGGGGGGGGUCUGUCAGUCUGAUGACGUUGCGCUUCAGUCGUUCGCAGGGGCGUGGUCUCCACCUCACCAGCAGAGAGUUCUUCAUUCUUGUGCCUUUGAACUCCUCCUAGGUUCUGCCUGUAAACCCAGAAGAGUUAAAAAUAGGGACAAGAGGUAAAACGUGUGUAUAGCACAUGGCAUUAUAGCAUCAUGUUUACUGUUUGUGUCCAGUAGAGGGAAACAUCACUCUUCAUCCCUCAAAAGGCCAAUCAUAUCUAGUUGUACUAGUUGGUGAGGAGUCAUCUCAGUAAAGGCCGGUUUACACCAAUAACAAUAACUAUAAAUGAUAUCUGUAUAAGGGUUUACAACAACAGACAAUAAUUUUGUUCAUUUUAAGGGUUGCGCAGACUAAUUGUCUAGUCCAGUGGUUUUCAUUCCUAGUCCUGGUGGACCCAGUGCUCUGCACAUUUUGUAUGUCUCCUUUAGGGUGUUUUCACAACUAGUUUGUUUGAGCCCUCCAAAUGCUCUCGGAGCAGUUCAGCUCCUAUGUGUGAACAAACCAAGUGAUUUCAGAUCCUCCUAAAAGGACCCAAAAGCAAACCGGUUUGUUUAGUUCGUGGCUUGAUUUUCUUGGCAAUUGUGAAAGCAAUAUGGACCAA